CCUCUGUUGAUGUUUCUCAAUGCAGGAACCAUGGUCAGUAAGGACACCGGCAAAUGCGCACUCACGGCGUCCGAGAGCGAAGUGGAACCCGCCGCCUGCCUGGCCCUGGAGAUGAAAUACGCCCUGGAUCCCAACCGGCAGAUUAAGAAACGGAACAAGGCUUUGCAGGUGCGGUUUAAGGACAUCUGCGAGGCGCAGAGCGAGCAGCUCCCCGCGGGCCCGGCGGCCGAGAAGCGCGAGGCCAGGCCCGUGUCCUGCAGAGCAGCGUACCGCAAGUACAUGACGGUGCCCGCGCGGAGGUCCAUCCCCAACGUCACCAAGAGCACCGGCGUGCAGACCUCGCCGGACCUUAAAAAGUGUUACCAGACGUUCCCUCUGGACCGCAAAAAGGGGAAUCUCAAAGGUGUCCCAGCCACGGAUGCCUUCAAAGGUCAGAACAACGGGUUUGUGAUAGAUGCGAAGGAGAGGAGCGAGGAAGGGCCCGGGGAGGAGGCCGGGCCGUGGGCUGCGGGCCGGGCGCAGAGGACUGCGGCCCUGGUUUUCCACUCCCACGCGAACGCGCUGGACCAGCCGGCCGGGGUCCCCUGUGCAGAGCCCUGCAGAAACCCCGACAUGCACAGCUGUCCGGACAAACCUCUCCACAACGCCACCCGGCCUCCCUCCCGAGAGCCCAGCCACCAGCUGCACUGGACAGCAAAGCAGGACACGGCCGCUCGGGACACCGAGGAGCCCGCUCCCUCGGCCCACGGCAGGGUGUUCAAAACGGAGGUGGCCGCCGAUGACGCUCCCGCCCCCGGCGCAAAGGCCCCUGAACCUGCCUUGUCAAACUCUGCGGCCGUGAGCCAGUGGUCCCUCUGCCCCACGGCCGAGGAGGAGCGGAGCAGGGCCGCCCACCUCAACGGGCUCCAGGCGCCCCCGACGCAGUGCCUGUCCCCCGAAUGUAGUGACCAGCCCCUGCAGACUCCGGCCCCCGCUGGGCAGGAGCACCAGCCCUGUCCGCCAGGGGCUGCUGUGGGUGAAGAGUGCCAACAGAUUGUGCCUCGAACGGAAGUGCUGGACCUCAGAGCGCAGCUUCAGAUGAUGGAGAACUUGAUCAGCUCCAGCCAGGAGACCAUCAAAGUGCUCUUGGGGGUCAUCCAGGAGCUGGAGAAAGGAGAAGCCCACCGGGAAGGGCUUUCCUAUCGGACGGGGCAGGACACAGCCAACUGCGACACGUGCAGGAACAGCGCGUGUGUCAUCUACAGCGUGGAGCUGGACUUCAAGCAGCAAGAAGACAAACUGCAGCCCGUGCUGAGGAACCUCCACCCCUUCGAGGACGCUCAGGUCGCACCUCCUCCGCCUUACUCCCAGGAGCCUCACGCCUCGACCCCCAAGCAAAAAUCCAAACCCGAAUCCAAAAAGCACGGGCGAUGGAAACUCUGGUUCCUUUAA